CCAUGUUCGACAGCGUCGGGCUCCUCUGGGCCUUCGUCACGGCGGCGCUGGGCUUUAAGCCGUUCCGGCACGAGGGGAAGGUGACGGGGCUGGCGGGCCACGGCGACCCCGCGAAGACCCUCCCCAUCUUCGAGGCGGAGAUGGGGCUCGUCGAGGACCCCGUGAGUGGCCGCUGGCGGAUCCGGGCGCGCUGGUCGGCGGAGGAGACGGGCAACUUCCAGCUGUACCUCGCCCACCUCGAGGGCGGGACCACGGGCAGUCAGCGCGCGGAGUCCUUCCGCCUCGCCGAGGAGCUCGGGCGGCACGCGCGGGAGGACGUCGCGGCCGGCCUGCAGCGGUUCACGGAGCAGCUGCUGCUGCGCUACCUGGAGCGCAACGGCUUCGCCCCGUCCGGAUUUCUGCCUGGCGGGCGGCGUCUUCGCCAACGUGCGCCUGAACAUGCGCGUGCGCGAGGGGUUGCCGGGUGUGCGGCGCGUCUUCGUCUGCCCCAACAUGGGCGACGGGGGCCUCUGUGUGGGGGCGGCGUCGCUCGCGUGCCGCGAGCUCGGGCUCCUCGUCAGCGCCCCAAGGGGCAGCGUGUUCCUCGGCCCCGAGUUCGCGGCCGCGCAGGCGCGCGAGGCGCUCGGCCCCCGCGGCGCCGCCGAGGAGCCCCACGGCCACCGCGAGUUCGCCCGGGCCGUGGCCUCGCACCUCGGCGCGGGUCGCGUCGUGGGCCCUCGGCGAUGGAGUUCGGCCCGCGAGCGCUCGGGCACCGCUCGCUGCUGUCCCGCGCCACGGACCCGGGUGUCGGCGCGGCCCUGAACUCGCGGCUGCGCCGGACGGAGUUCAUGCCCUUCGCGCCCGCCACGCUGAGGGCGCACGCCUCGGAGGCCUACGUCGGCGUGGACCCCGACGACCUCGAGGCCGGCCGCCACAUGACCAUGUGCUACACGGCCACCCCCCCCGUGCGAGCCCUCUGCCCGGCGGUUGUCCACGUGGACGGCACCGCGCGGCCGCAGCUUGUGGACGAGCGGGACGGCCUCUACUUCGACGUUAUCGCCGAGUACGCGGCCCUCUCUGGCGUGCACAGCAUCGUGAACACGAGCUUCAACAUCCACGAGGAGCCCAUCGUGUGCACCCCGCGAGACGCGGUGGCCGCCUUCGAGGCGGGGGCGUGCGACGUGCUCGCCCUGUACCCCUACGUCGUGCUCGGCACGGGGCCCGCGGCAGCGGGGCUCGAGGGACUCGCUGGGCCGCCAGCGAGCGAUACGGCUCCUGCCCCUCCUCUUCCGCUGACAUCCUCGCGUCGUGAACAG